AUGGCAGCAGCUGGACCGCCCAGCAGCACGAUGGCUGCACAGAAACGAUCUGACCAUGAUGGAAUCGCAGCCAGACAAGCAGCGCCACUCCUGCCUCAGCCUCUGCCUUCGCCUCAUCUAAUCACUCAGGAAAAGAAUGGUGCGGUUUUCCAGCAACAACAGGCGCCUGUACCGUUUGGAUAUGGCACUGGCACAUAUCAACAUUUUCCUCUGCGGCUCCCUGGUUCGGAAAUUGCUUACAGCAAGAGAUGGCACGUUGUGAAGCUCGCUUUCCAGACCGCAUCUCUUGUGUGCUCUGCCAUCAUCUUUGGAGUUGGUCUGGCACUGGGCACCUAUGCCAGUCAAUGGGGGGAUCCGUGGGAAAUACCCAUCGUUUUUGGUGUUGAGGUCUCCGCAGCUGGGCUAGCAAUUUUAUGGACCGCGGCUGAGCUACUAACAGUAUAUGCCUCUAAAGAACGUCGGGGCAUCCAUCCCGGUGCUCAUGUCGGUGUUCAACUGAUCAUCGUUCUUUUGGCUUCCUUGGGUGCUGGCAUUGGUGGCGUCUUCGCCAUCCAAUUUUCGGAUUUUUACGAUGAAGAUGAAACCGACAAACCUAACCUCCUAAGAAAUCUCAUGCGGACCUUGUUUGCGUUUUCCAUCAUCCUUUGGAUCAUCCACUUCUUCCUCUUCAUUCGCGCUUGUGUUGAGACACACAUUGUCAACUCGACCAACAAGGCCCGAAGAAUCACCUACGUCCGGGUCCCAGUACCUGUACCCAUGCCAAUGGACCAAAUACCUCAGCAGAUGGUAGCUGGACAGCAUCCGAUGCCUCCUCAGCAGAACAUGAUGUAUAACGGCUAUUACGCCCCCGUUGCGCCGCAACCUCCAGCAAUCCCAGUGGGCUCUCAACAACAACCUGCUGUACCUCCUCAGGGCUACUACGCGUCACCUGCGUGA